AUACAUUGUGCUCUCAACUCAACUUCAGUUUUCCAUGUAUAAUCACCCGUCGAUUUCACCCUCAGCUGAUCACCAUUCUCUAAUGACGAGUCACAGCAUCCAUGGCAGUCUCCUUGAAGUCACUGUUGUUAGCUGCAAUAAUCUGAAAGAUACGGAAUGGAUCUCACGGCAAGAUCCUUACGUUUGUGUUGAAUACGGUAGCAUCAGAUCUUCCACCCGUACCUGUAAAGAUGGAGGGAAGAACCCUACGUUCCAAGAAAAAUUCGUGUAUAGCCUAGUUGAAGGACUAAGAGAUUUGAACAUUACGGUUUGGAAUAGCAAUACCCUCACACACGAUGACUUGAUCGGUAACGGAAGGGUUCCAUUGACAAAGGCUCUUUCUCAAGGAUUUGAUGAUAGCAGCUGGCCAUUACAGAGCAAAACUGGCAGGCAUGCCGGAGAAGUUCGCUUGAUAAUGCAUUAUUCCAAUGCCAAUAAACCAGCAAAAGAUAAUGCUCAAAAACCAGGAAAAGGUUUUGGUCCAUCAGCUCCUCCUCCGUAUGUAACAGGCAGUGCACCCCCGGCAUAUAUGUACGCUGCACCACCACCGGCAGCGUCUUACCCGCCAUCUCCCUACCCAUCGUACCCGCAAAAUUCAGGUGUUUAUCCGUACCCGCCACCUCAGACUGCAGCUCCAUAUCCUCCUCAUCCAUAUCCACCAAAUCCAGCUCCUUAUGGAUCCCAUUAUCCCCCUGGUUCUCCAUACCCUGGAAUGUAUCCUCCACCACCUUAUUGAUGCAGAAUCGUUGGAUCCAAUGAAUCAUCUAAUAUAAUCUUUUUUAUUAAUUAAU